GAGAACUAAAUGAGCAACCAUUAUUGCCAUUAAUUAGAAACUAAUACGCUCUCCAAAAUUUUCUUCCAUUCACAAAUUUUACCUCUUCUAAAAUUCAUUUGACUUGUAUGACGAAAAUGACCUCUGUGGAUUCUAGUACGCUAAAGAGAUGGAAGGGCCCUUGGGGGAAAAGAAAGAGGAUGGAAACAGUGGCUAUUGGACUUGUUUUGGUUUUUGGUUUCUCUGUUAUCAGGGCCACGAGGAGGCAGGGGAAGAAACAUAGUCUUGGUCACUCAGGCAGUUGUCAUUUUGCAGCAGUUUUCAAUUUCGGGGACUCGAAUUCCGACACCGGAGGCAUGUCGGCCGCGAUGGCCGGCCUCCCGCCUCCGUACGGGCAGACCUUCUUCGGUAAACCUUCCGGCCGGUUUUCCGAUGGGCGGUUGAUUAUCGAUUUUCUAGCUGAGAGGUUGGGACUGCCAUACUUGAGUGCAUACCUGGAUUCAGUUGGAUCAAAUUUCAGCCAUGGAGCAAAUUUUGCUGCAAGUGGGUCAACCAUAAAGCUAAUUCCUGGCCUGAACCCCGUGCAUCUCCAUAUACAGCUUUCUCAGUUCGAACAGUUCAAGUCUCGCUCCAUCGAUUUGUACAACCAAGCUCAGAGUUCAUGUGCCAAGAUGAGGCUCCCAGCACCUGAUGAUUUCUCAAACGCCCUUUAUACAAUGGAUACUGGACAGAAUGAUCUUUUCCAUGGAUUAGCAUCGGAGACAGAGGAGCAAGUGCAGUCUUCAAUUCCUGGCAUAAUUGAUGUGUUUGCCUUGGCCUUAGAGAGACUAUACCAACAAGGAGCAAGGGCAUUUUGGAUACACAAUACCGGCCCCAUAGGCUGCUUGGCCUACUUUAAGGCGAACUGUCCACCAAAACCAGGCAAUGCUGACAAAGUUGGCUGUGUCAAGUCUUACAAUAAGGUGGCUCAAGAGUUCAACAAACAGCUCAAGGACAAGGUGUCCCAGAUCAGGAUUAGAUUUCAAGAUGCAUCGUUGAUCUAUGUUGAUAUCUACUCAGCCAAGUAUUCUCUGAUCAGCGAAGCAAAUGCGCACGGUUUUGUUAAUCCUCUCGGGUACUGCUGCGGCUGUCAUGAGGGUUACCGUUUGGAAUGUGGGGAAAAGGCCUUAGUGAAUGGGACAGAGGUUUUUGGAGCUCCUUGCAACAACCCAUCUGAAUACAUAAGCUGGGAUAAAAUCCAUUACACUGAAGCUGCAAACCACUGGGUGGCCGAUCGGAUCCUUGACGGUUCGCUCUCGGAUCCUCCUCAGAUUCCGGUCACCCAAGCAUGUCACAAGUCUCUUCACUCGCAAUGAUGAAAAUUGUAACUAUAUGAGC